UCGAAAAUGAUAUUCUUAAGAAUACAGUGCGUUUUUAUUGUGUUUUUUUAUGUAUCAAGUUUGCCAAUCGAUUAUAAGAUGCGAAAUGACGAGAGCAAAGGAGUAAUCUUUAAUAACGGAAAAAAAUCAAUCUAUGAUGAAGGAAAACCUAAUGAUGAGGAAAAACCUAAUGAUGAGGGAACACCUGUCAAUCAAAUUCAACAAAUUACGGAAAAUACUGAUCAAACUUUGAACCAAAAACAAUCAAUCCUGACAGAAACACCUUUUGUUUUGCAAGAUCUUCUUAUAAUAAAAGAUGAUCGAGAUGAAGAGUCAAUGAAGAAAGUGUUUGACAUUGUGGAUGAUCAAGUUAACGAUGUUGAAGAAAAAAAAAAUCUUUUAAAAAAAAUAGAAGAACAAACAUCGCCUCAGUUGAAGCAAAGAAAAGCUGAGAUCCUAAAAAAUGUUGUACAAGAAGUUGCAAAUAAAAUGUUUCCGAAAAGUCCUCGAAAUGCCUUUCAAAUGGCAGAAAAUUUAAUAAGAUUGCCAUCAGAAAAAAUUUUUAAAACUGCCCUUGAUUGGGGAAUUAUUACUUCUACAAAAACUACGAAUUUAGCACCAGCGAUGAAAGAAUUAUUAAACAACCAAGUUCAGGAACCCAAAGGUAUUUCGCAAGAUCUUUUUACAAUAAAAGAUGAUCGAGAUGAAGAAUCCAUGAGGAAGGUUUUUGACAUUGUGGAUGACCAAGUAAAAGACGUCAACGAAAGAAGAAUUCUUCUUAAAAAAAUAGAAGAACAAACACCACCUCAAAUACAACAGAGAAAAAAUGAGAUCCGACAAAAGGUUAUACAAGAAGUCGCAAAAAAGGUUUUUCCAUUAAGUCGUGAAAAUGAGAUACAUUUGAUUGAAAACUUAAACAAAUUGUCACCUGAGCAAAUAUUCAAAACUGCUUUUCAUUGGGGAAUUAUUACUUCUAAAAGAACCGAGGAUUUAGGAAAUGUCAACAAAAAUACUUAUAACAUUGAGAAUCAAAAUAAUCUUCGACCAACAAUGAGUGAAUUAUUAGCCACUCGGGAUCAAAGGUCACAACGAUCAUUUUAUACAACUUUAUCAGGUAUUACGUAUGGUGGAUAUAAUGAAGAGAAUGUAUUUAAUGAGUACACAAUUCCUGAACUGAAAACCCAUAAAAAAGGUCUAACCGAAAUCACUCAAGAGGACAAGACCUUGUCUCAAAAGGAUUUCUACAACAGAAGCAUUGAGUCAGUUACCGAAAAAGAGUUUCAAGAAAAAUAUGGCAAUUUGAAAUCUUACAAUUCUAAUGUUCCUUUAAACAAAUCCAAGUCUGAAGAAAAUAUUUAUGAUGGCAGCGACGUUGAUUAUUCAUGAUACAUCAUGAAUUGUCGUUUUCGGUAUACAUUUAUAUAUUAUAUUGGUAAUAUUACAUAUAAAUGUAUACCGAAAACGGUAAGUUUUAAUUCAAAUGUAAAUAUGUAAUUGUAAU